AUGCCGCUCCACAAUGAGGAUGACCCCCCAGAGUCUUCAGCAGCUGAGCAGCCUUCCACGUCUACAGAGACUCCGCAGACUCCCCCGACAGCAGCCUUAUCUGAAGCAGAUACUUCCCCUCCACCUUACUGUAGCAUAGCUGUAGAAGCAGCUGCGACCUCAGAAACACACAAUGAAUUUUAUCCUGUACCACCUCCAUACAGUGUAGCUACCUCUCUUCCUACUUAUGAUGAAGCAGAGAAGGCCAAAGCUGCAGCAAUGGCAGCUGCUGCAGCAGAAGUUGCCCAACGAGAAGAAGAGUAUCCACCACGGGAUGAUUUCAGUGAUGCAGAUCAGCUUAGAGUGGGCAAUGAUGGCAUCUUCAUGUUGGCAUUUUUCAUGGCAUUUAUUUUCAACUGGAUUGGAUUUUGUUUAUCCUUCUGUAUAACAAAUACCAUAGCUGGAAGGUAUGGUGCAAUCUGUGGAUUUGGUCUCUCCCUGAUCAAAUGGAUUCUCAUUGUACGGUUUUCAGAUUACUUUACUGGAUAUUUCAAUGGACAGUACUGGCUUUGGUGGAUAUUUCUUGUACUUGGACUCCUCCUGUUCUUUCGAGGCUUUGUUAAUUAUCUUAAAGUCAGAAAUAUGUCUGAAAGCAUGGCAGCUGCUCACAGAACAAGAUUUUUUUUCUUGUACUGAAGACUGCAUCGAACAGACAUUCCUUUCCUAUACCAGUGUGAAACUUCCAGAUGAUCUGUAACCCUCCGAGUUACUAGGAUAGAAGACUACUAAAAUCUGAAGACAAAUUAGUGAAGAUACGGCUUCAAAAAUGAAUGACCGGAUGGUUUAUGCUCAAAUGCCAGUUCCGUCAUUCUAGUAAAUAUUUAUAAUUGCUGCCUUUUUGUUUUAGCACAUUGGUAUAUGUGCUUAUUAAAAAGAUAGUAUUGAAGUAAGAACGAACCACCUGUUAGUAUAGAUUAGGUGCAGUCAGACUCGGUUCAUCUGUGCUUGUUGUAUCUGAAAGAUUUUAAGUGGUAGCUUGUUUCACAGCGUGUAUGUACCACUAGCUUGUUAAUCUGAUCUUUGAGUACAAUGGAAUGCAUUAAAUGAUUCAGAUUAACCAGUUCAGACAGUUUUUCGUAUGAUUUCAAUCCAUCUAAUGAUUGUGUAGAACAUUUUUAAGUUUACUAAAACUCGAAGUUCCUUGUCACAAACUUGUAUUUGCCAAUAUUUUAUCAAAUUCAAACCAAUGUACUGGUUUGCUUAAAACUGAUACUACACUUUAAGU